CUGGGGAGAGAGAGAGAGAGGGAGGGAGAGUGUUUGGUUUGAGCUAUUUUCAGUGAUGGUCACAGAUACAUCACGUGUGUUACUAGUUCCCGAUAUACGAUAUAGAUAGUGACUAUGAUGUGCUGUACUUGUGUUUGUGCUUGUAAAGUACCACUACUAUAGUACUUCCUAAUAACUUGCUAGUAACUUGCUAGUACAUGUAGUAGUAGUGGUGGUGGUGAUCUGGAGACUGCAGUGCAUUGACCCAGUGGUCGUAGCGAUACAUGUAUAAACAACUAGCCAUUAUGAUUCGUCUCAGCUAACACCAUUGUCUUUGAGCUAACCGGGCGUCGUGUCGUGUCUUCGAAUCGAAUGUUUCGUAGUGUUGUGAGUGAUCGAGUCAAGGACGCUCUGGAACAUUCCUUCCCGCCGCAGAGCACCCAACAACAUUCAUUCUCGCCACAGUGCAGCCAAAGACAAUCUGAGACCAUCCAUCUCGCCAUCUCGCCAUAGUUUUAAAGUCAAGGAAAGUUUGCGACCAUUACUAUCUUUCUCGUCAUAGUGCAGCCAAAGGUUCGUCGAAAUCCACCUGACGAAGCCGUGUAGCAACAUGCUGCAGCGAUCCAGCAAGCUAUCUCCCACGCCUAUGCUUGCCCCGUCCCCAAGUAUGGUGUCUGCUGGUGGCGAGGACAGCAGAGCAAUAGCCCGCAGAAAACGAAAGGAAUCAAGCCAUGACGUCAUCGUUCUGGGAGAUAAAUCCGUGGGAAAGUCAGCUCUCGUUGUUCAGCUGAUGACGCACAAAUUCAUACACGAUUACGACUCGUCAGGUGAUCUCUUGUACCACAAGGACGUGCAUGUCGGUGAUCACGCGACAAAGCUUGGAAUCUGGGAUGUUGUCUCCAACGAUACAGUGGCGGAUUCACCUGCUAUCCUGGAAGACAGCUGCGAUGCAAGUGGUGUUCUUCUGGUCUACAGCGUGGCCGAUAGGGCGAGCUUUCGACGAGCAGCCGACAUGAAGAAAUCCAUUGACCGGUGGCAAACUCAGCACCGUCAAGACGACUCUUCGGAGAUUCCGGUCGUGUUGGUUGGCAACAAAGCAGAUUCCAUGAAUGGUCGCCAGGUGAGCACAAGAGAAGGAGAGCUCUUGGCGCAGCAGACCGGCUGUCAUUCGUUCCGUGAAGUUUCCGCACUCGCAGGACAUCAUGGUGUCAGCGAGGUAUUUGCCGAGUUAGUCAUGCACAUGCGAAGCUGCCGCAUGGACAAACAGCCAACAACUGCAACGACCUGGAAAUCGGAAAGGUCUGCUUCGCUGGACCCGAAACACACACAGGCUGGGACGGCAGCAGCAGCAGCUUCAGCAGCAGCAGCAGCAGCAGCGGCGGCAGGUAGAAGAUAUACAAUGAUAUCACCAACAACAGGCGCAAGACAAACCACUGGUAGCUUGCCGAAAUCCAGCUCUUUCGAUGAACUAGCCUCGAGACAGUACGCUGAGAGCUACUAUAACAACACACACGCGGUCGCUGUCACCAGGGGAACCGAAGGCAACUCCCUGACGAAUUUCAUUCGCACGAGCUUGAACGCUCUGAAGAGCCUCACACCACGCUCCUCGCCGUCACCUUCACCAAGAUCCACUCCUCGACCGUCACCUAGGACUUCUCCUCGUCCUUCACCUAUGACGUCACCACGACCAUCCCCACGUUCAUCACCCAGGCCGUCUCCACGAACAUCACCUAGACCAUCGCCAUUCAAUAGUCCGCGUGUUUCCAUAGAAACAGGGUCCAGUGUAAGUGGUUGCCAAGACAUCAGCAUCCGUGCAUUACAAUCACAGCAAUGUAAUCAACAGAAUCUGCACCAGCAUCCGCGCAGAGAGCAGCUGGUACCGUCAGAACCAGGCCAAGCAGCGCAGGGGCCGGGCAGUACUGACGGUUAUGGUGUGGUGCGAAAGGUAGCGAGAGUAGCUGGGGAUGGACAGUACCGCUUCACACUACAGGCUGAUGUUUGAAUAAGUCUUUUUCUUCAGAUGCUUGGCGUUUCGUUCAUUUUUGUAUUGAGAUUUUGUGUCAUAAUUACUGUGUAAGCACAUUUGCUUUGCCCGUACGUACAAGAGGCGUUUCACAAUAAUACAUGUACAAUGUCACGUGAUUGCAAUGUUCACACAGUAACGACUGCCAUUCAGGCGUUCACAUUUCCAAAUCAUUGUAACCCAGCCGUGUCUGGAGGUGCCAGUGGACAUGAUAAUAUUGAGGAACUACCGCGACCACGUGACCACUCAAGCAAUAUCCACUCCCGAGGAGUGAUGCACUGCCAUUACAAGUUUUCUGCCAGAUUAGAGGGCUGAAGACUGUCCAGUAUUCAGCAAGGGCAAUUGAUACACUCCCAAGUGUCACAAAGUGCAUGUCAUGGCCUUCUGCUUGCAAGACGUCAAGGGUGUUGGUAGCUUAUCGUCUUGCGUGUACUGAGUAUUGAUGAAGUAUUCCAGUGACUGCUAUCUUUCCAUAGCUAGGGUAUUGGUUUAUUCCUCUACAUGUACAUGCAUGUACGUACAGAUAUCUCUUACGCAAUGUUACACAAUGUCAUGUAAUAUCAUAAUGGUAUCCAGCGACAGACUGAGGACUCACACAUGCAAGCACACGCGUGAACACGUACGCGCGCACAUAUACACAUACGCGCACGCUCUGGGAUUGGUGCCUCUCAUUCUUGAACGUUAACUUUGCUUCAGUGUAUCCCCAGUACAACAUUACUCAGUCAGUGAUAUCGCUCUGUUUGAUCUCUAGACUGCCACAUCACCGAGACCACAAACCAGUUGUCUAGUAGUCUCGCGGAUAUUGAUUGGAUUCGGUGAAAAUCAGAAUUACAUUAUCAAUACGCUAUGUCAGUGUCAUAGGAACAAGUCACUGAGUUCUCAGAUUUCUUUUGAAUUCUCAGAUACCCCCUA